GGUUGCGCUCCAUCAAAAAGGAGGCAAGGAAGUUGGUUUCCAUUCUUUUUCGUUCGCGGAGCUGUACUUCUUGUGCGACUGAGACAAAGAGAGAGCUUAGAGACGAAGGGGACGAAUGGCAGCAGAAGAUGAUGAAUUUUACCUUCGAUAUUAUGUUGGCCACAAGGGUAAAUUCGGUCACGAGUUCCUGGAGUUCGAGUUCCGGCCAGAUGGCAAGCUCCGAUACGCUAACAACUCCAACUACAAGAACGACACCAUGAUCCGGAAGGAAGUCUUCCUCACCCCCGCCGUUCUUAAGGAAUGCCGCCGCAUCAUCGCCGAGAGCGAGAUCAUGAAGGAAGAUGAUGCCAACUGGCCAGAACCAGACAGGGUUGGGAGACAAGAGCUCGAGAUUGUAAUGGGAAACGAGCAUAUCUCCUUCACUACCUCAAAGAUUGGGUCACUUGUUGAUGUCCAGAGCAGUAAGGAUCCUGAAGGGCUUCGUAUCUUCUAUUACCUUGUUCAGGACUUGAAGUGCUUUGUUUUCUCCCUUAUCUCACUCCAUUUCAAGAUCAAGCCUAUCUAGAGAACAUUAUGCCUGGCUUUCCAUUUGUAUUGAGGAAGUAAUUUUGCUUGUAGGAUUGAUAUUUUUAAUGAAAAUACUUUUUCUUGCUUGUUUGGAACUGUUCGAGGCUGUGUGGAGUUGUAUGGCAUAUGCCUACCCCGAUUGAGGGAUAUGUUACUCAAAAGGGUUGCUUGUUUAAAGUUUUACUUUUCUUCAACAAACUAAUUUAAUGGAGUAAAACUUUCGGAAUCAAAAUAUUAAUUAA